AUGCGGUCUCUCGUCUCGGCGACAAAUCUUCUUACCAUCCUCGGGGCUGUCAACCUGGUCUCCGGCUACGUGGUAAUCCCGCCCUCGCUCUCGAUACCAGAGGACAAUCGCGCCUUUGGCUUCACCCGCUCCGCCUUCCCACAGCCGGCGUCCAAGCUGCAGAAGCGGUAUGCCCGGCAGCAGCAGCACAACACCAACAACUACGCAAGCAAUAACAACAAUCUUCAACCCGGUGCCCCGGCCAAGCCCACCACUGUCAUCGACUACGAGAACCAGGAGGACCUGAGUCUGGUCACGAUGGGCUUCGUGCGCGGCGGCCAUAGAUCUGCCGACCCGGUCCUUACCACCACGGUUGUGUCUGUCAGCACCAACAUUGACAUGGACCAGGGCCACGGUGGUCAAGAGCACCAACUCAACCUUCGCCAGCGUCAGGUCACCAAGACCGGCAGCGGCAGCGGCUGCAGCAUCCUCAAGACAGCCGCUAUUGCCUUUGCAAAUCAGACAAGCUGCGAUACAUGCGACUGUUGCUGCUGCUCGACCGUCGAGGGUUGGGGUUCCAAACUUCCCCGACUGCUGAAGCUCCAGCUGGCCAGCAUCUAA